CCCGGAAACGUUUCGUUCAAGCGUCGUCGCGCAAUGAGUACAAACGCAAACAGGGGAGUAAAAAUACAGUUCGUUUGGCAAUAAACUUUAUACUUUACACUCCUAUCCUCGCAGCAGGAUAAAAACGGAGCUGUCUCAGGGACGAGAGCUUGUUGGAGGGGGUUAUUAUCUGCUUUUUUGGCAACAGCCAGACUGAAGAGUGCCGCUUCGACCAUUUGUUUUUUUAAAGAUGAGCGGGGAGUCGAAUGCCAACAACAAGGAGUUUCUGGAGCAGCUGCGGAUGCAGGAGCUCUAUGGGCAGAGAAGUGAAGAUGGCUCAGAUCCAUACACCUACACCGACCCGGUGGAUGGGACCGUGUAUGACUGGGACCAUGAAAAAAAAGCCUGGUUUCCUAAAAUAACGGAGGACUUCAUCGCAGCCUACCAGGCCAACUAUGGCUUCACUCAGGAAGGAGAGCCGGGUGCAAACAACGCCGCAGCACAGAGCAGUUCCCAGCCUGCCGCACCUGAACCGAGCAGCAAGCCGCCGGAAAAGGAGAAAUCAGUCAAACCUGUCCCAAAUCCUGCCCCCGAGCAGCAAGAUACCUCCGCUAAAGAAACCAAGCAGAAAGGGGAGAAAAGGAAAGCUGAUCCAGGAUGGUUUGAAAUUGAAGAGGACAAAAACACAAACGUCUAUGUAUCAGGCCUGCCUCCCGACAUCAGCUCUGACGAGUUCGUCGAGCUGAUGUCCAAGUGCGGUAUCGUGCUGCGGGACCCCAUCACUGAAGAGUACAAGGUGAAACUCUACAAGGACAAAGACGGUAACCUGAAGGGAGAUGGCCUGUGUUGCUAUCUUAAGAAAGAAUCGGUGGCACUGGCUGUACGUCUGAUCGACGAGUCUGAGGUCCGAGGGUAUAAGCUCCACGUGGAAGCGGCUCGCUUUGAGCUAAAGGGCCAGUAUGACGCCAGCAAGAAGAAGAAGAAAAGCAAAGAUUACAAGAAGAAGCUACACCAGCAGCAGAAACAGCUGGACUGGAGGCCCGAGAAGCAAGGGGAACUCAGGAAGAGGCAUGAAAAAGUCGUCAUCAUCAGGAACAUGUUCCAUCCCAGCGACUUUGAGGAAGACCCGCUGGUGCUGAAUGAGUAUCGUGAGGAUCUACGGACAGAGUGUGAGAAGUUUGGUGAAGUCAAGAAGGUCAUCCUGUUUGACAGACACCCAGACGGCGUGGCAUCGGUGGCGUUCAAGGAGCCAGAGCAAGCCGAUGCCUGUAUUCUUUCGUUUAACGGCCGCUGGUUUGGAGGAAGGCAGCUGUCGGCGCAGCUCUGGGAUGGGACGACAGACUAUCAGGUUGAAGAGACGUCACGGGAGCGGGAGGAGCGGCUAAAAGGUUGGUCUACGUUCUUGGAGGGAGCAGAUAAAGAACAGAACAACGGCGGCAGCAAGCCAGCAGAGAGCGGCACAGAACCCAGCGAGUCCACCAGCACCUCAGAACCCCAGCAAACAGAACCGCAACCGGAGGAGCGAGUGGACUCUACUGAUAGCAGCCUGGCAGGAAGUGAUAAUGAGGAAGCCUAGGCACUGACAUCUUUAUUUUCCCAGGAAGUCACAGAGAGGGGAGUCCUGCUUUAGAGCGUUUGGCUGCCGAGGAGACCGGGAGGACAGAUGUGGACAGUUUUAGCUGUUUUGUAAUGUAGAAAAAUAAAACAAUAUUUUUCCCGCCCCA